AAACCUCAUACAUUGAGGGAGAAAGGCAGCGGGAGACGGCCGCCGAGAUUCCCCCAUCUCUUUGAAUAUAAUUUUAGAUUGAGAGUCAGAUUAAAUCCGAGGGGAAAACACUUUAUGAGGCUGAAAGCUGCGUCGUUGCCAGAGCCAGGGUUAUGAGCUAUCAAAUGCAAUUACAUUAAGACAGAUUAUACUGGGCAAAUUGAGCCAUUUAGAAGGUGAGAAUCAAAGAAACGGCUCUGAUCCUCUCUUCCCCCUUCUCUCUCCCUCUCCUUCUCUCUCUCUAAAUUGCAGUUCAUAGUUCCUUGCAAUUCUGAGGCACAAAAGUAGGUGAGACUGCUUUUGUAUCUGCGAAGUGCUUCACUCCUGAAUGUAAUUCUAGCUGAGUGCAAUCUAGGUUAAGAGCCGGGCAAGCGGGUAAUUAGAGCCCGCUCGCUGCCCGAGGACCGGCCGCCCCGCCGAAGCGCGCCCGGAGCCGGCGCCCUUCUCCCGGCCGAGCCGAGCUGCGGCUGGACACGGAGCGCCCGAGAUGAUGGUGCUGGACAAGGAGGACGGUAUGCCGAUGCUCUCCGUCCAGCCCAAAGGGAAGCAGAAGGGCUGCGCGGGCUGCAACCGCAAGAUCAAGGACCGCUACCUGCUGAAGGCGCUGGACAAGUACUGGCACGAGGACUGCCUCAAGUGCGCCUGCUGUGACUGCCGCCUGGGCGAGGUGGGCUCCACGCUGUACACCAAGGCCAACCUCAUCCUGUGCCGGCGCGACUACCUGAGGCUCUUCGGCACCACAGGAAACUGCGCUGCCUGCAGCAAGCUGAUUCCAGCCUUCGAGAUGGUGAUGCGGGCCCGGGACAACGUGUAUCACCUCGACUGCUUCGCCUGCCAGCUCUGCAACCAGAGGUUUUGUGUGGGAGACAGAUUCUUCCUGAAGAACAACAUGAUCUUGUGUCAGAUGGACUAUGAGGAGGGGCACCUCAAUGGCACCUUUGAGCCCCAGGCUCAGUGACGCCCGGCGCCUGGCCGCCCGGCCCACCCGUCCGCCAGCCCACCCGCCCAGCCGCCCGGCCGGCCAGCCGCUCUCCUGCUGAUUACAGCUCCUCUGUCCUCGAUGGGAGGAAGAGCCCUUCCUCCAGUGCCGCCCGUCUGUGUGUGACCCCUCCUGGGGCCAGGCUGGGCCUGUACAGUCUGUCUUCUGUAUAUAAAUGGGAACAUUUAUUUUAUGAGAAAUGUAAUGCGAUUUUAUUACUGGCGUGGAUUAAACUUAUGAAUGUUUCCGGGGAGGUUA